AUGCGGAACCUGCACGAGCAGCUGCCGCGACCCUUCCUAAUCCUCGGAGACGUCAAUGGCAAGCACACUGCUUGGGGCAACAUCAUAGAUCAAAGAGGGAGGACUAUUGAACACUUUAUAACAAACUGCAACAUCUGCCUCUUGAACACGGGCGAAACCACCCACCUGCAUGUACAGACGGGCACAACAUCAGCCAUCGAUCUGAGCCUAUGCAUACCCGACAUCGUCAACAACGCCCGUUGGUCGGUGAUGAGCGACACGUAUGGCAGCGACCACUUCCCUAUACAGAUUGACUUCGCGAUCCACCAGCCCCUACCCAGAGCCCAGAUACAUCAUGAAAAGAGCCGACUGAAAGACCUUUAG